CGUAACACGCGAGUGCGCGCGCACUGCUCCACUCUCUCAGUUUGCCAGGGAAAGAUGGCAGCGUCCGUGUGCCGAGUCGGGGGAGCCGUGGGUCGGGCCUUUGCCAGAGCUCGCGGCCCUGCUCUGCUGUCUCUGAGACGGGGCCGGGCAAGUGUAACAUAUGCCCAAAGUCUGCUGGGUGCUCCAGAGACGCAGCUCACUGCCUUGGACAAUGGACUGAGAAUUGCCUCUGAGGAUACUGGACAUGCUACAUGCACUGUUGGCCUGUGGAUUGGUGUGGGUAGCCGAUAUGAGUCUGAGAAGAACAACGGUGCUGGGUUCUUCUUGGAGCACUUGGCUUUCAAGGGUACAAAGAAGCACCCUCAGUCUGCUCUUGAGCAAGCAGUGGAGUCGAUGGGAGCUCAUCUAAGUGCUUACACUUCUCGCGAGCACACUGCAUAUUACAUGAAGGCUCUCGCUAAGGACUUACCAAAAGCGGUGGAGCUGUUGUCGGAGGUGGUGCAGAGCUCAGCUCUGAGCGAGGCUGAGAUCGAGCAGCAGAGGGGAGUGAUACUUAAAGAGCUGGAUGAGGUGGAAGGCAGUCUGCAGGAUGUGUGUCUGGACCUGCUCCAUGCCACUGCCUAUCAGGGCACGCCACUGGCACAGAGUGUCCUGGGGCCCUCCCAGAAUGCUAGGACUCUGACUCGUCAGGAUCUGGUGGAUUAUAUCAACAGCCACUACAAGGCCCCACGUAUGGUGCUGGCUGCUGCUGGAGGUGUGAACCAUGACGAGUUGGUAGGACUAGCCAAGCAGCACUUCAGUGGUGUUUCAUUUGAGUAUCAGGAUGAUGCCGUGCCUGUGCUGUCCCCCUGCCGCUUCACUGGCAGUGAGAUCCGAAUGCGUGAUGAUGCCAUGCCACUGGCACAUGUUGCUAUUGCAGUAGAGGGAGCAGGAGCUGCCAAUCCAGAUAUUGUGCCUCUCAUGGUUGCCAAUUCCAUCAUUGGCAGCUAUGAUAUCACGUUUGGAGGUGGCAAGCACCUCAGCAGUCGCUUGGCACGUCUGGCAGCAGAGAUCAACCUGUGUCACAGUUACCAGGCUUUCCACUCCACCUACAGCGACACUGGACUGAUGGGCAUCUAUUUUGUCACAGACAAACAUAAGAUCGAAGACAUGAUGCACUGGGCUCAGAAUGCCUGGAUGAAUUUGUGCACCACGGUAACAGAGAGUGAUGUGGCCAGAGCAAAGAAUGCCCUCAAAGCCAGUUUAGUAGGACAGCUAAAUGGUACCACAUUGAUCUGUGAUGACAUUGGCAGGCACAUUCUCAACUAUGGCCGUCGCAUCCCAUUGGCUGAGUGGGAUGCCAGGAUUGAGGCUGUGACCCCCAAGAUGGUGCGUGAUGUUUGCUCCAAAUACAUCUAUGACAAAUGCCCUGCUGUGGCAGCUGUUGGUCCCGUUGAGCAGCUUCCUGACUACAACAGAAUGCGCAGUGCCAUGUACUGGCUUCGGUUCUAAAUGCUCAAUAUGUUGUCAACACUUAUCUCCCCUAUCUCUCUGCUUCUUUUUGUAUUCUGCUCUGCUCUGCUCUCUGCAUUGUUCUUUCUUCUUAAACAUAUUCCUCACUUUCCACAUAUCUGCACUAAAAAUGGAGCCUACAUCCAUUGUGUUCUUUUGGUAGUCAGACUCCAUCUUGGUACAGUUCUAAGACGUUUGAGGUUUAUGACAGCAUUUGAUCACAAAGGUAAUGAGUGACUACCUCUUGCUAAAGAUUGUUAAAAUACAGUAAGAACAACAGCGACCUCGUACGUGGUGUGAUGUAGAAUUUUCAUGCAGAAAGCAUUAUACCAUGAAAGCAGGAGAGUGAGGGAGAUGAAAUACAUUCAGAUGGAGAGAUCCAUGGAAAUCAUGGCAGAGUCUAGCGUACGUUACAGAGCAAAACUAUUUAUGAAUUGAUGUGAUGUUUUGUUUCUGUCCUAUUGUACAUAACAGAAGCCCUCAUUCCGACUUCAAAUAAAAUACCCA